AUGGACAAGUUGGGAAUCUUUCAUACCUUUACGAAUGUAGAUACACCAGAACAAAAUGGAAGGGUCGAAAGAGAGAUGAGAAAGAUUGUCGAGGCAGCCAAGGCAGAGAUACAAGCAGAUUGUUUGGAUGAGAGACUAUGGGCAGAGGCAAUGAACCACGCGAUUUUGCACGAUCAACCAGACAGGAACCAGCAAACGUACCAGGGAAAAGUCCGGCAGAAACCCAUGGACUUAUAUGAAAGAGAAGAGAGAAGUAGUCACUUCAGACAAUGUAAUCUUCGACGAAGAAAAGAUAGACAGAGGCAAGGUACUGAACUGAGACAUCGACAACAGAGGGCACACCUGAGAAGCAAGAAGAAAGCAGCAGGUGAGUCAGACGAAGAAGAGGAAAAUGGACAACAGGAGAAAAAUGCUGAGGAGACUAAUAACAAAGAAAAAAGGG